GAUCAAUGUCCGGGUCCGGUUUUUUCCGGGCUAACCGACCGGUCUGGCCCGGUUUUCACAUCAUUGAUUAGGAUAAGAAAGAAGAUACUGAAACAUUAGUUAAUGUAAGGAAAAAAAUGGUAAUAUCAUACAAAUGACUCAUUCAAGAAUGAUUGAUCUUAAAACUUGUAAACAAACAAUACAUUUGCAAAUGUCUAUAUUCUCAAUGUCUACAUUUCUCAAAUGUCUAAAUUUAGUCAAAUGACUCAUGCCAACGACCCAUGGAUGUUGCUCUAGGUCAUAAAGAUAAGGCUCGUCUUGAUCUUGAAGUUGUUGGCGGCAAUGGGAGGAUUUCAGAUGCUUGGUUAGAUGUCCUCGAGUCUUGGGAUGAAUUAGUACCUCAUUGUUCUCGUUGGUUCCUCCUCAUUGUUGCCAUUGUUGUUCACUUGAUUCUCUGCCGCCAUGGCUUCCACUUGAACUUCAGCUGAUUCUUCUUGAUUCGGGAGGUUGUGAGUGAAUAGCCUCUCGCGAGCCUCUCCUACUUCUCUUUCCUUUAUAAGAAGCCACACGGUCUUGUUGAUGUUGUGGUCGAUCAAGUGCAAACCUCUCGAGUUGCUUCGGGUCGGUCAUACACCUAUAACACAACUCACAAACAAACAAACGCAAACAAACAAAACUGAGUAACAAGUAGCCCACUUUUCUUAAUAACUUGUCGUGUUCCCGAGCAACGGUGCCAAAAACUUAACUUGUUCCGACUGUGACUAACAUACCAAGCGUGGCCAAGUGCAACCACAAUCGGUGAAAUAUUGUGGAAGUGAAUUUUAAUGCAGCAAAUGUAACAUUACUUUGUGGACUAACUUGUUGUCUAGUAAAUCAAUGUUUGAAUUAACUAAUGAACUACUACACAAAGCACAUGAAAGUUUGGUUGAAAACUAUAGUGAGAAAGCAACUGGGGUGUUGUAUCCAUAUAGUUGCAAAAUAGACUGACGAAUGAUGUUCCAAGUUUUUCAAAUCAUGAUUAAAAACGAAGACAAUCCUAUUCCCAGUUAAGCUCCCUUUUGAGUUACUGAAUAUCACCUAGAACGAACUAUCCAAAGGGAGUGUUUUCACAACCAACAAAAUAGAACGUCUAGGCGGUGCACCUUAGAUUCCCUCUACUGGAAUAUGAUCCAAUGCGACAUUGAUGCUCGAUUUCAUGCUCGGUCCCUCAAACAAUCAAUGAAGAACGAGGUAAGUGUUCUAAUUAACCUGAUUAGAUAUUAUCUACCCUAGGUUAAUAGUCACAAUUGAGAGGAUUUGAUCAACACCCAACACUAUUCAUGAAAUACCUCAAUCCAUGUAUAAUCAAGAUUCAAUCAAACACGAAAAUCAUUCAUCUAAUCUAACACAUACAACUAGAAUCCCACAAAAACCACCUGAUAAAAAGUUUAGCUCAUGAUGAGAGAGACAGAGAGAGAGAGAGAGAGAGAGAGAGAGAUACAUCAAAUCAAGAGAAGAAACCAUCAUAGAAGGUUGGGUUCUUCUUCUUCCAGCUUGAUCUUCAACCCUAGGUGAUGGAUUUGAAUUUUAAUGGCGAUUUGAAACUCCAAUUCCCAAACUAGGGAUCUCCUUUCGUUGUUUCUCUCUCUAUCCAGCAUAUCCACUUUCUCACUCUAGACGACUCCCUUUGAAUUAUGAUUUAUGCUCCUUUAUAUAGCCUGAAAGUGCAAAGUUCACGGUUGCACGUCACGACCGUGAUGAUUGCAAGGUUCACAGUUGUAGGGUCAAAGUUUGUGGCUGUGAACUUAUGGGGCGAGGCCACGAUCUUCAAGCGCUGCCUUUUUGCUCUUCAUCUAAGGGGAGCGGGACUGAUUUCACGGUCGCGAUGUGUGAGUCGAGACCUCAAUUUUUCUCGCGAGAUGGGAAGGCGAGGACUAUUAUUUGACUCGCAAAUAUCUCUUCUUCUCCCGGGUUGGCUCCUUCAUGAAGUUCACGAUUGGAGCCUCCAACAUCACGAUCAUGCCCUUAUAGAGUGAUACAUAUUUUGUGCCAUGUAUACACGACUUUCUGUAAAAUUAGUACAUGAUUGUUUUAUGCAAAAAGCGCUCAUGUCCUUAUAGAGUGAUACAUAUUUUGUGCCAUAAUGAUGUAAAAAGUUUAUAUGAAAAGUGUGCAAAUUUACUUGUACAACGAGUACAAAUUUCCAGUACAACAAGGAUGUACUAAAUUUCUUGUCGGAUAAUACACUUUUUUUUACAAUGAUUACAUAUUUUUAUAUACAUGUAUUAGAAAAAUAAAUUCAGUACAUUAUUUGCGUAAUUUUUUGUACAAGUUGUACAAGAAAAUUGGUAUAUAAAA